GUGUAUAAAUAUCGCACACGAAACACGCCACCGGGCUCAGUUAGUUGGCGCAGUAGGCUCAGAACGUAAGUCCGCGGUCUGUCGAAUAGCGUUUCGGGAAGAAAACGCUCCAGCCGAGGAUCAAGUGAUCUUUCAAGUGAUUCCAGCACGUGCAGUGAAGCUGAAAUAAUGUCCACCGUGCCGAUGUAUUUCCGUGACUGGUGGGAUGACGAUCUGCUCGAGAAUCCUCGGCGAUCGUCGCGGUUGUUCGAUCAGCAGUUUGCAACAGGAAUAUUCUCAGACGACUUACAAAAGAUGGCCUCCAGCUUCCAUUCAAACAUACGCACGUCCCGGUUGGGUAGCUUCCGGCGCCCGGCGUGGAGUGAUCUCGGUGCACCCCGGUUCGCGAGCGGGCUCAGCAACACCGGCAUCGAUCGGCUGCAGAUCAACGUGGACGUGCAACAAUUCACACCGCAUGAGAUCACCGUUAAAACCGUCAACAACUCGAUCGUGGUCGAGGGUAAACACGAGGAACGGCAGGACGAGCACGGGUUCAUCUCGCGCCACUUCGUCCGCCGGUACGUGCUGCCCGACGAUCACGACCCAAAGGACGUCGUGUCGAGCCUGUCGUCGGAUGGCGUGCUAACGAUUACGGCCCCAAAGAAGGCACUUCAGCCGGCGCCGGAAGUCGUCUACGAGCGAACGGUUCCGAUCCAGCGCAUCGAGGAACGCACGAUGGAAAGCGUCCGGACGACGUCGGAGAGUGUGACGAGUGAGACGAACGGAAAGUGACGCGGGUGUGGGAGCCGCCUGGUGCAGAAAAACCCCACCCUUGUCCCGUUGAGGGUUCACCGAAAGACGACCCUUCUACCAAAGUGAUUAGCGAAGUAUUAAUGGUGUCGAUGACGUUACACGCGGAGUAUAAUAAAGUGUACGAGCGCCAUGAAGUGUCGCGAGGCAGUUUUUUUGCCAAGCAGUAUUUCAAAUGCGUAGUUUGUACCAAUUGUGAAUUGGGUGAG